GUUUAAUAUCUUUCCUUCCUUAGAGUCGCUCUUUUUGCCGCGCUGGUCGUUAUGCUCGUCAUUAUCAAUACUUCAAUGACACCUUUUGGAAAUUCGCCCAAGCAGCGACUUCGUUCUUCUCGCAGGUCUCGCACGCAGGUCUCUACUCCUCUUCCGUCCUUCUCCAAUGUCAAUCGCAGAAGCCGCCUACUCAAGGUACGCGAAAGAAACGAACCAGACGAUCCUACUCCUACAAAGAAGAACCAUGACAAUGAUGAGAAGGAUAAAGACGAGAAGAAGCCGUCUGAGAAACCAACAAAAAGCACGGAUAAGGCUGCGCACGAGUCUGCCGAAGUUCUUGCAGAAGAGGCUACCACUGUACCCAUUCCUAUCCCUGUCACAGGAACUCAUGCUUCCUUAACCGACUGCCAGUCCCAAAAUAACUCUUCCUGCCUUUGUUCCCCUACUGCCGCUUCCAAUUGCCCUGCUGGAAAAGACUUCUUCUGUGUCUUGCACCACUUUUCCGGUGUCGAGACUGUGGGGACGUCUCCUCAAUCACAACCUGCAGCGCAGUUGCACAAAGGUCUUCUUAUUGCCAUCAUUGCUACUCUUGCCGUUGGUUCUGCAUUCGUACUUGUUGGUAUCUUCAUCAUCGUCAGGGCUUGUUUACGCCCUAGGCGACGAACAAGACCGAAACCUUCCCUUCCUAUCUUGGCUGACCCCUACGCAGACGAUCAAUCUUUUGAUAUCAAGGAGAAGGAUUCUCCUGUCUUUGGUGGAAAAGAGAGAUUCUCAUCGCAGAACGGUAUCUGGACGCUAGCAAUCUAUCCUCUGACUGAUACGUUACCUACACCGGCUCAAGCAGCAGGGAUGACGAGAAAACUAGACGACGACAAUCCUCUAUAUGAUCACAAUGCACUCUCAUCUCAUUCACAAUGGCCACAACUUUCUAAUGCCAUUCACCGGUCCCAGCUUCCUUCUUCUCAUCCUAUGCAUUCUCAGACUGUGCCUAUGCUAGUCCUUCCCAAAGCAGCACCGCCUUAUCAGGCACAUCGGCAGCAGCAAAGCGUUUACUGCGGAUGGCUACGCCGUUAUGAAACGCACCCCAAAAGCUGCGCUACGAUGAAAGGCGCCAUCGGCGCCGGUCGCUGCUCUUAUCCUCGCAUCUCUACUAUUCCCUCCACCUCUUCAAAGAUUCGCGCAGAGGACGUGGACUCUUUUGCAUCCCAGAAGCUGCCACCUCUUUGUAGGUCUGAUUCUUGUUGGAACCGUGAUACGAAAGCAUUAGCAUCUGCUGCCGGGCUGACGUCACCAUUUCUGGACCGCAUGCCUCGAUCUCCACAGCCAACGAUAUACCCAGAUGAUUCGCUCAGUGUGGUUGACGCAAAAGCAAACGAGCCUCCAAAAAGUCCAAGCAUUCGUUGGGAGGCGAUGAGUUCCAACUUCAACCUGUAGGCGGGUUCCAGACGUCAAAGGAAGUGGAUACAAGCGCACUGGGGACUAUGAUGCUCAAUAUGGACUUUGGAGCCACGAGAAAGUCUUUGGCGACGCUUGCGGGAUGAGUUGGGGAAAUAUGCUGAUACUAUGUCGGGUUCCAGCGGAACGCUCUUGGGAGCGCAGUCAAGAGGAGCACCAGACAAGCCGUCUCGGGUGCGGUCCCCGCCGCCACUACCUUCCCUGACACAACACGCAAAUCCGGAGACUUAUGCGAAUUACCGGAGCCCGACUUACAGUAUCUUUGGGCUGUACGAG